CUGCGCUUCCCUCCUAUUGGUUCUGCCAGGAAUUGGAGACUCAGUUGACAUUCAGUGCAAGCCGCAGACGCGCGCGGGCAUUCCUCCUUCACUUUAACCAUUUCAACUUUCGUCCACCUGGCCUGACCAGUGCCCCUAGUCGACCUUUGAUUUCUUGUAUCUACGCCACCUCGGUGCCUACUGAAAAUGAGCGACGAGAACAUGGCUUUGGUAGAACCUGCCGGAGCCACGGCGAGGGUGGAUCAACCUAAUCUACCAUCUGAGCAACCUGCCACAUCCAGAAAAUCAUAUAGGCGCAAAUACCGCAAGAUUAUGGUAUCAUUCGAAGAGAAAAUGAAAGAAAACACGUCGUUAUUCCGAGAAGAGCAGAGGAUCAUGGAUAUCUCGCGACGGCUGGCUGAACAGAAUGAUCAGUUGCUUCAACUACUUGCCGACUUGAACUCGUGUCCUCAAGUUCCGCCAACCCUACGUUAUGACCUUACCCCUCCAGGGGAGCAGAAGAACGAUGUUGACAUCCCAAAAAUACUCGUUGGUCAGGAAGAAGGACAUCUGGAAUUACGGAAGGCACGGAUUCAGCUCCAGGCUGGAGAGAUUGACCAAGCCAGAUACCGGGAGCUAGAAGCAACUCUGCUGAAAGCGCCUGCUUUUGCACCUAAACGUUCAUACGCAUCGCUCCUGUCAUUUGCGCCUCCUCCAAGGAAGUCUAUCGAGAAAACACCCGAGAACAAGGAGGAUAUCAGCGGGAUCCUAUCAAUUACACAAGAAGAACAAUAUCUUCAGGCGUUGGACGCAUUUCUUGACGGACUGUCUCCCAAUCCUCGAGCACAUGCUGCCGGCAGUCUCGGGAGCAGAAGCGUUGAGAGAACUACCGAGCGUGAACGCGAAACACAGCUGAAGAACCCCGUCUCCGUAUACAACUGGUUACGGAAGCAUCAGCCCCAAGUCUUCCUUCAAGACAAUGAACCGAGUUCGGAAAAGCCGUCUCGCGCCGCUGGAUCUCGAACUUCCAUGAGGAAAUCUGCUCAUAGAGAGGCUUUUAAGCAGGAACAAGACCUCUACGACGAAGAUGGUAUCGCAAUGGAGCUGGUGUCGUCUUCAAAGGGCAAACGAAAAAGGGAUGCAGACGGCGGUUAUCGACCUAAAGGGGGCAACUCCAAAGGCACCAAGCGUAAGAAAGAAACCAGGGAGGACACCGGUCGAAGUAAGCGGUCCAAGAAGCAGUCCCUGGACGCUAGAUAGAUGACUGUGCCGCAUCGGCCUCCUCUUAUCAUCAUGCAGCAGACGAAUUGUUCUUCCGGGCGUUAGAUGGCCCUUGGGGGGAUGGCAGGUCCCCAUAUUGAAGGGCAACGUAAGCCCAGAUAGAUACCCAGGUAGUGCAUCAUUAUUUGCAGUACAUCGGCUAUA